CGCCCUCCUCUCCAGGAUGAAAGGAACCGGAGAACACCAGGAUAAGAGCAAAAAUAAGCAAACAAACAAAACACCCAAAUUACCCCAAACGCCCGCCCUGCGGUUCCCUUUGCUUAGACGACGCUGGCGGGGAAGACGCCGGUGCUUUGCCCAGGAGACGCCCUUCCGGACGCGUGCAGCCCUGCCCUCGGGGACUUCGGUCCAGCGCGGGACCAGGUGGAAGGUUCCUACAGAACAGCCUGGCUUUCCUGGGCCGUCGGUGCUUCCUGGAGUUGCGGAAGUAAAGGAACUCUGCCCGCUGCCCCAUGCUCUCUGUCAACAUGGACAACAAGGGAAAUGGCCCUGUCGGUGUCAAAAAUUCCAUGGAAAAUGGGAGGCCUCCCGAUCCUGCAGACUGGGCCGUGAUGGACGUUGUCAAUUAUUUCCGAACAGCAGGAUUUGAGGAGCAAGCCGGUGCAUUUCAAGAACAGGAAAUUGAUGGAAAAUCCCUGCUCUUGAUGACGAGAAAUGACGUGUUGACAGGACUUCAGUUAAAACUGGGGCCUGCUCUGAAAAUCUAUGAAUAUCAUGUAAAACCUCUUCAGACCAAGCAUUUAAAGAACAACUCUUCAUAGUAAAAUCAAACUGAGGUCUCAGUCAAAACACACUGGGUUGUAACUUAGUUUCAUGUUGUGAAACUCUGCAGACGGAACGCGUAGAUGUGCGUAUGUAAGGAAUUUCCAUCCAACAAAGUGUUAUCCUAUUGGAUAGAUGAGGCAAGCCAUUAGCUGGCCUGACUCAGCCUGGAGGAGCAAAGACAGAGCAGACGUAAGAUAGUUGUCCUUGUCAAACCAAGUUGUCUCGGACGCUUUGGUACCCCUCCCCUCAGGGGCUUUGAUAUUACAAGAACUUUCUUUGUUUCAUCAUAGAGUGGUUUCCAUCAACUCCCUUAAAAAGGGUAGAAGUGGAAUAUGUGUCCUUGGGCUAUAGACUUAGAAAUGAGAAUGAACAAGGCUCUCUGGGGAGGGGAGGAAGGGAGGAGGGAGGAAGAAAGGAGGGAGGAGGGAGGACUGCUCUCUCCCUGGAGUCAUCGCUCUGCUCCUAGACGUAUGUUCUUUGGAUGAAACUGCCAAUACCCUUUUUUGUAGAGGGUUCUCCACUUGACCUUGUUAAGGUUUCACGGGGAUGUGCUGCGCUGUGUUUGAAUCGAGCACGCACCAGGCCCCCUUCAGGAGCAGAACUCUGAGGAGAGAGACUUGUUUUGCACUGGAGAUAUCUAUCGUGAUCAACUCACUGUCACGGGGGUAAGAAUAUUUCCUGCUUACGUCAGUUCCCUAUUGCUGAAGAAAGCAGUUAGCGUUUUUUGCUGUUAUUUUGAUUUUUUAUGAUUUAUAUUUAUAAUAAUUUCCUUUUGAAGAAUUUUGCCAAGAGCUAAUAGAUGAUCCCAAAGCUUUGUUGAUAGCACAGAGUAUUUUUAUAUUAUAUAUAUAGCCCUCCAUGAUGCUGUAAUUGUUUUUUUGGCUGUCCUCUGCUGUGUUUGGUCCCCUGGUUUGAGUACCUAUCUUUCAGAACUUGAACAAGUAGGUUUUCUCCAUCUCUGUUCCAAGAGACACUUAUGAGUGAUGUAUGGCCGUGUCUCAUAAAGUUGGUGAUUUGUGAUUGCAAUAAAGCAUCAUUUCAGUUCACCAA